ACUGUGCGGUGGUCUCUCUGAAUUGUGAUUGGUCACUCGACAUAUGUGGGGCCCUCCAACAUCAAGAACGUGCAAUUAAUCAUGUAGGCUAAUUGGGAAUCACGUGGACAUGGCCGAGAGGGUUGGGGUUGGUUGGUGGUAGGAAGAAGAUGCUCCCUGGUCCUUUCUAUAUUGACCAAGAGUGAAUCCUGACCAGAGGAGGAAUAAAGACGUGAUCCAACGCGGAGCGGGGCCCGAGACGUCCAGGCAAAAACACAGGGGGGACAGGGACUGAUAUAGACUAAAGACAAGCGGGACCGAAAAUGGCAGAAGGAGUCUGCAAGACCGAAGAGGAUGAAGGACCAAGUACCGAGGAGGACUCGGAAUCUUUCCACGGUGUCGGCGUAUGUAAAUGGUUCAACGUGCGCAUGGGCUUUGGGUUUUUGUCCAUGACCAACCGAGAGGGGGUCCCGCUCGAGUCUCCGGUCGAUGUGUUCGUCCAUCAGAGUAAGCUGCACAUGGAGGGCUUCCGCAGCUUGAAGGAGGGCGAGGCGGUCGAGUUCACCUUCAAGAAGUCAGCCAAAGGCCUGGAGUCCCAGAGAGUCACUGGGCCAGAGGGCACACACUGUGUGGGCAGCGAGAAGAGACCCAAAGGCAAGAGCGUCCAGAAACGUCACUCCAAAGGAGAUAGGUGCUACAACUGCGGAGGCCUGGACCACCAUGCCAAGGAGUGCAAGUUGCCGCCUCAGCCCAAGAAGUGCCAUUUCUGCCAGAGCAUUUCCCACAUGGUCGCCAACUGCCCAAUCAAAGCACAGCAGUCCUCGCCACGUUCUCAGGGAAAGCCCUCCUCCUUGAAAGGGGACGAGGAGGAACAAGGCCACUCGCCCCCGCCCCCCGUGAGCUCCGAUUGAACGAGGAGACGCAGGAAGGAAGCUUGGGGAAGCUUUACUGGAUAGAUGACCGCUAAGUUUCCUUUCAACUGUAUUAGACGCUUUUGGAACUACCUCAGGUUUUUGUAAACAAAACGAUCAUGAAGAAAGAAUGUUACUGAAGUUCAUCUUUUUUGGUGUAACACUCACAAAUACAGCUGUAUUAUUAUAGCACUCAGGAAAUAUUUGUAAAAAUGUAUGGAACCGCUAUUGAGGGGUUUAAACUUGUAAUAAGUUAUGGCACAUCACAUACUAUUUUGAUGUCUUUAUAGAAUAGAAAGUUGUUUAUUUUUCACAGAGCAGAUCAUGAGAAACCACUCACACUAGCACGCUACUAUACUAAACUCACCAGGAAGCUUAAAAUCACAGUGUCAAGUAGAUAGCUCAACACUUUUUCUGCCUUACAACUUCUUGACUUUCCUGAUUGUUUACACCCCACUAUAUCCGACAAAGACAGAGUUGUGACACUACACCUCUGCAAAUGAAUGUUAGUCUCAUAGGUGGUAAUGGGCGGGUACAUACGAACCAACGGGACGGGGUAAUGGGUAAUAGCUAUAGGCAAUGUAUUGGCGGCUACCAAUAUUGUAGGUGACCAUCCAGAUGUCCUGGGGACAAAUGAAUGUCAAACCAAAAAGUAUGGCAUUUAUGGCCAGCUUUCGGUUGUUGUUGUGGUUGCGUCAUUUCUGUUACAUGUCUGAUUUUCUGCUGCUACAUUACAACCAUACACUAGAACCCUACAGAUGUAGGAUCUUAAUUUGAUCACUCUUUUGUUUCUGAGAAUUUUCCCGCACAGCAGGAAAUGCAACUUGUAGUGUAUUCAAGGCUUCUAAAGUUUGUGAUUUCCACUUGAAAAUGUCAGACUUGAUUUGCCCUAAAGAAAUAUGUAUCAACCCUUAUAUAAAAUGUCCAUUAAUUAUAAUCCACAUAAUAAUUCACAUUUCCUGUUGCUGCAGAUUUAUUUUCCUGCCGUAACAAACUGCCUUAAAUUAAGAUCUUACAUCUCUAUAAUCAACUUGAUCAUCCUCUGCUUAGACUACAUACAUCAGUAUUUGGAAUUUAAUCACUGACUCCAGUAAUCGCACCAAUACCUGUGAAAUGUAUCCAACAUAAGUAAUUUAUCAUGUAGAAAUCAGAUGCAAGAUUUUAAUGGAUUACUGAGGUUGAUUCAUAAAUCUACAUAAUCAUACUUGUCCUGUUUAUACUUGACAGUCGAAGCAGCAGCAGCAUCAGGCGUUGUCUACUGUCUUAGAAAAAAAGGUGCUGCUUAGAACCAUAAGGGUUCUUCGAGUGAAAAAGGCUUCAUGUAGCACCCUUUCCCACCACAAAGAACCCCUUUGAGAACAAAUUUUUUCAAGAGUAAAAGCGGGAGCAACACAUUUUUAUUCAGUGUCGUCAAUUACUAGGUACCUAUUUAAGACAUUGCCUCCAAAGCCGCUUGUGAGGACUAUACAGGAACACCACAGUCGUAUUCACAAGGCACCAAACGGAAGAAAACGGACUGAAACAGGGAGGGACUACCAGAAUUUGUCCAAUAAGAAACGCUUGUUUUCGUUUGUUGCGAAUCGUUUCUGCUACGGCGUGCACUAAUGAAUAUCGACCCAGCCCUGCAUGGAGGUGCAUGUAGAACUAGCUAAGCCAAUCAGCCUUUACUCCCGUUUUACAGGAGAAGCUGAAAGACAGACCUCUAACAUCCAAUUAAUAUAUAUUUAGAAUUAUUAUGAAGCCUUUUUAAAAUAGUGCUUGUUAUUUAUUUGUAUCUAAAUUGCGCUGCAGCUUCUCCUCAUAUUCAGGUUAAGGUCACUCCGUGAUUGCCUGGUCCCAGCUCUGUUUGUGCUGUCUUGCCAACUCCUAUGGUCAUUGUUACGCCAAACAAAUACAGAUCUAGGACCAGGUUAACUGUGGUGGGUUUUCCAUCACAUACUAGACAUACUAGACAUCAGAUAUCUUAGCUACUCGUGUCUGCCUUUAUCGUGUUCAAUGCUGUUUGAGUUUAAAGGGACGUAACACCUAAAAUCUAAGUUUGUCAGAUACCUCAAAGGGGUCUCCUGUUGAGAUAAAUCCAUGUCCCAGGCUAGUUUUGUAUCCAGCUAUGCCAUAAUCCAAAAUGGAAUUGCAGUGCUUAUCUUUUCCAUUCAUUUGGAGUUGAGGCAUAUAGCUGCAUCUACACCACCAAUGGCAUAGGAUGUGGAUUCAUCUUGACAUAAGACGACUUUUGUUGUCUAAAAAUAUCUGACAAAGUUUAUAAUGACCCUUUUAAUAAUUAAUUUGUAUGAUUUACUGCUACACACAAUUAGCGUUCCAGUGUUGUGAAUCUUCUCUUUUUAUCUAUGCCAAAACCAAUGCAAAUGUCACUCUUGCACUAAUCAUGUAGGAGAUGCAUUAUUGUAUUCUAUUCUAUUCAGUUUAAUCUUAUGAAUAUGUGUUCCAUAUUUUUAUAUUUUGAUUUACAAGAUACUUGUUGCAUGUAGGUGGUGAACGAAACGUAUAUAUAACCUCCACUCAGGCUCGUCCCUCAGGAAUCACAAAUCUGAAAACUCAGGGAAUACUUCCGAUUUAUUUUCGAAGGCUUGGAAGGGGCGAUGGAGGAGGGUUGGGGAGGGAUGGGAUUGGGGUGCAAUGUUUGUCUAUAUUAGUUGUAUGUGUGCAGUGAAAGACAAGGGAGUGUUCUGGUGCCAAAUCAAAGUGCAUGACAAGAAAACGGUAGAGGACCUCUGGGUCCAGAUUUGAAUUUCUCGGCAUAACAGUAAAACUCUCUUUUUCUCUAAUCCGCACAAAAUGCUUUCAAAUGGCAGUUAAUCACGAAGAAUAAAACAAAUUCAUAGCGUGCUCUUAAAACUAGUCUUAAAAUGUUUUGACAUGUGAGACUAUAUGAGUUAUUACACACUAUAUUAUAUACUUAGUCAACAUAUCUAAUACCACAUCUGCUGAUGUAUUAUUUUGCCCUACAUAAUAAUAUGUCAUGACAGGCCUAUAAUAUUCCUCUAUUAUUGUAUUUUUCCCUCUAUAAUCGUUGUUGAUGGGGAGUUUAUGAGAAUAUUGUUACCAUAUUAAGGGAUUGGGGCUAGUAGUAUUAUACACAUUGGGGUUGUCUCGUCUCAAUACGUGGCUAAACAUGGUAUUUCAGACUAUCAAAGAUUUCCCAGAUUGUUAUUGGGUGAUGGGAUAUAAUAUUUUCCAAGUCGUACACAUUUAAGGAAGUGAUACAUGUUUUAACUCAGGAUUUUGUCAUGUAAAGAAAUGUGGUGAUAGCACAUGGCCAUUGAUUCAGUCAUGUGGGGGACUAUAGCGCGCAUAGACGUCUGUGUAUAAUAAGAUUCAAGUUUUUUUUAAAUGAACAUUUGUACUUGCCGGGUUUAGAAAAUGUUGCGGUAUGAAUGUCAAUGAAUGCUGAUUGCCACUGAUGACCUAAACCCUUCCCAUUAAAAAAGAGAGACACAACUCAUGUGUAUUUUGCUCAUCUCUGGUUAGUAAGCCCUCUGAUGAUUAAAUUACAUCAGAGUUGUUUCACAACCCUCUACUAUCUCUCAAAUUCUCCACUGUGGACUGAUGAAAAGUAAUAUUACUCAUUUCUGCAGAGGUCAUUGCUUAGAUCAUAACACUGUUUCACUGUUAUGGACUAGUAGAAAUAAGCAAUGCAAGUGCCAAACUGAAUGAAUAUAAUGUAAACAAAGCUUUGUUGUACCUCAAUAACUAUAUUAGCUAAAUUGGUAUCCUGUAUGGCACAGCUAAAGUCGUUUUUGAACCAUGUGUGUUUGAGCAAAACUGUUUUACCUCAACCUAUUUUGACUCCCCAUUGAUGUGUUGUUGUCACAUUGUGAUUUGAUUGUUGAUUGUUAGAUGAGUUAGAUUUAUCUUAAAAGGCAAAGGACUGAGUAUAUUAUUAUGUCCUCAGGGUUACAUGGAAACCACAGAAAAACAUAUAGGCUACUGCAUACACAAGUGACUCUUGUGUCAUGUUUAUGCUUUUUGUGCUAUUACAUCAUUUGUGAUCAUAGGCCAUUUGAUGCAGUGGUGUGGUAUCUAUGGGGGAUGUUGCCUGUCAUUUCCAAAGAAUGUGCAUUUAUUAUACUGAGGAAUGUAUCAAUGUUUACUGCCAUAAAUCUUUGGCUCUUGAACCAUAUAAUCUUAUGCUCAGGUAUCUCAGGCACCUCAGGAUACUGGGAUGAUUGGUUGGAUUUGUUAUUCACUUCCUCAUUUCGUUAAGGUGUAAAGCAUGCAUUCCAAAAAAACUGUGACUAACAGUUUACUGAUUUGUGAAGAUACAAUUUCCUACUAGUGAAUAAUAAACAUCUGCCACUAUUCAA